AUAAAUGAAUCCCAUUCGUGUCUAUCCACUUAAAUUUACAAAUCAAGAUUCUAUGGCAAAUUCUCCAGGCCUAAAAAAGAAAGCUUAGCCUUCUGAUCGUGCAUACACUUUUCAAUUAAAGUAUCUUCAAAUUAGAAAUUAGUCCUCCUUCACAACAGAGUAGAAGCAAUCAGAAAAGACAUCCAACAGGAGGUAUCAAUGCACAAGAUGAAAAAAUAAAGAUUGUAUCAAUGAAAUUUUGUUAUCUUAUCGUAGGUUACUUAAAAGAAAUUAUAAUUACUUUAACCAUCUAGCUAUUCUCCAAAAAAGAGAGUAAUCAGCAACAAUGACAAACCAUACAUCUUCAAAUUCUCAAAUUAAUCAAAUGAAGUAUCAUUGAUGUAAAAUAAUUCAUAGUCACUUUCCCCAACAAAAUUGCCAAAUUUGAAAAGAAGCGAAUCAACCAAUGCUCCCUAGGAACUUUAAUCUAAGAUUGAUUUAACCUAGUCUCAAAGAAGAAGUAAAAGAACCGAUGCUAGUAAUACAGAAAACACUCCAUAAGUACAAUCAUAAAAUUAUAGUUAAGAAUAAAACUUCUUUUCUAAAAUUAUAUUAGGAUUCCUCUCCAAAAUUGCGUUCAAUCUAGAGUAGGGUGAGUUCGUAGGCUAUUGUAUAAGAUAUAAAAAUCAAACCUAAGAUGCCUUAAUAAGUGAUAAUGUUGCAUGGAAGAUCAACUAGUCAAGCUGCGCUAGUCAAUUCAAAUGUGACAGAAGAUGAUGAACUUUAAGAUUUUGUCUAAUUGUUUCUAUCGAAGUAUGUUAGAUAACCAUAUAUUAUUUAGAACUUAAGCUGGUUAAAAUGGAAAUAAAUAGACUAAAACAAAUCAAGAUUCCAUCAUUAUCUCGAAUAAUUUUGGAGGCAUAAAAAACAGGUUAGAUAGUUAAUAAACUUAGAUAUUUAUUCUCAGUUUGCGAUGGUCAUGGAGUUUAUGGACAUCAUGUUUCGCAAUUAAUCAAAAAGGUCUUACCAACUAUAAUCGAUUAACAAUUGAAAACAUUUAUUGGGAAAUAGGAAAUUGAUAUUGGUGAAGAUUUAUAUUCAGAAGUAGAGAAGACCUUUUAAAGUAGUUAUUAAAAAAUGACUAAAGAUUUAGUAAGUAUUUAUAUAAAAUUAGUCUUCUUGUGGAAUUGAUAUAUCAUUUAGUGGAUCUACUUGUUCAACUGUAUUUGUUUCUGGAAAUAAUCUAUGGUGUGCCAACAUUGGAGAUUCAAGAUCAGUAUAAAAUGUUUGAUUCAUAAAAUAGAUUUUCAUUGAGUAGAUUGGAGAGUCCAACAAAUGGAAGAUAGUUGAAUUAAGCAAUGAUCAUAAACCAGAUUUACCAAGCGAAAAGAGAAGGAUUUUGGCCAGUAAAGGAAGAGUCUAGCCAUUCGUAGCUGAGAAUGGGCAAAACAUUGGACCAGCCAGAGUUUGGUUGAUGCAUGAACAAAUCCCAGGAUUAGCUAUGAGUAGAUCUUUUGGAGAUUAUGUUGCAUCCACAGUUGGAGUAAUAUCAGAUCCAGAACUAAUUUAUCACAAGAUGACUUAGAAGUGUGGAUUUUUGGUGGUGGCUAGUGAUGGAGUAUGGGAGUUUUUAAGCAAUGAUGAGAUUCAACAUAUUAUCUGCAGUUAUUGGAGUCCGUAGAUGAAUGCUAAGAAAAUUGAUGAGAUGGUGGAAAGCAUUAUAAGGGAAUCUACUAGAAGAUGGCAAGAAGAGGAUGAUGUGGUUGAUGAUAUUUCAAUAAUUAUUGCAUAUUUCUCUUGA